AUGUCGCGUUUCUCGGACAGCUCUGUGCAUCCAGUGCACGAGUCCGAGGACGAGCAUUUUGAGGAGGACUCUGUGCACGGCUCCGACUACGAAACAGGCAACCAGUUCAACAACGCGGCCAAGUCCGACGAGGAGGAACUGUUCACCACAGGAAUACGCAAGCUCGAACAUCUGGGACUGAUCGAUAUCGGCAAUCUCGCCGCGUGGGGGGUCUCGACGUACAAGCAGGGCUACGGGAUCAAAGAGCUGCGCGAGGACUCGCCGUUCAGCUACUGGCAGUCCGACGGCCAGCAGCCGCACUUCAUCACUAUACACUUUACAAAAAGAGUGACGGUGCAAAGACUCUCCUUCUACUUCAAUUACCAGCUGGACGAGUCGUACACGCCGUCGAAAAUUCUUGUUUUGGCGGGAUCGGGCGAACACGACCUGAUGGAGGUGUCUUCCAAAGAGUUCUUCGAGCCCUCUGGCUGGCAACAUAUAUUUUUCAAAGGUGUGCGGAGCGACGACCUGCUCAAAUGCUACCUCAUAAAAAUAUGCUUUCUCUCCAACCACCAGAACGGGAAAGACUCGCACGUGCGCUCAAUCAAGGUGUUCAGCCCGCUCUCGCAGAACGCCAUGCGCUCCGACGUCGACAGCUCGCUCGGCGUCGGCUUCACCAGCAUCAAAAUGCUCAGCGAAAGCACCAUUCGCUGA